AUGGCAUUAACUAGUGAUUAUGUUUUCCUUCAAGAUGUUUAUCAUUUACCAAAAUCAUUCAAUGGAAAUAGUGACUCAUGUUGUAUAACAUGUUUAAUAGAAAAUCGUCAUUUUCAUUUGUUCAAAAAAUGUGAAAAUGUCAACAAGGAAGAUGUGUUGCGAUACAAUCAAUUUGAAGGAAGUGUAAAAUAUCCACUGAAUGAAUACUCUGAUCCUAUCCAUGAUUUACUUGAAAGAAUUUUAGAAGAUUGUAUUUAUAGAACAUGCUAG